AAUAUCGCCAGCGGAUUCGUUUCGAAACAUUCAGUAGUGUUCCGUAUCUUACGUCAGCUACUUACUUCACUUAUCUCGCACGUUGUACGAACGUACGCGAGUUACGUGCGAUAUUUUUUCCAUUCCAUCGUUCGAUCCGAUCGCAAUUAAAACCGUGUGUUCUCUCGGAUUCAAUUGUGCAGCCGCGACGGUCCCGGCAGCUGUGAUUUUUCCAACUCGAUCUUCAUUCUCAUCGGUAAACGACAUCGCCAAUGGCGUUCAAAGAAAUCGUUGCGUUUUUGGCCCUGGGAGUCGUGGCCACGGUUUCGUGCCAAGACUGCGUCGCCACGGUUCAGCUGAACCCGCAUAACGCUGACAAAUACAAUGUGACCGGGUCGAUAAGAUUCACUCAGAGUUACGAAGGUGGACCAGUGCUCGUGAGUGGAAACGUUUACGGCCUCACACCAGGUGACCAUGGCUUCCAUAUUCACGCCACCGGGGAUCUAAGCGACGGAUGUACUUCCGCACUCGGACAUUUCAAUCCCCAUAACCACAGUCACGGCGCCCCGGAGGACGACCAGAGACACGUCGGUGAUCUCGGCAACAUCGAAGCUUCGAGUCAGGGGAUCGCGUCGGUUAAUUUCAGCGAUCACAUAAUAUCCCUUAGCGGUGUGAACGGCAUCGUCGGACGCAGUGUCGUAGUUCACUCCGCUGUGGAUGACCUUGGAAGGGGAGGUCACAAGCUUUCUUCCACCACCGGAAACGCGGGAGAUCGUGUCGCCUGCGGAGUCAUCGGAAUACUGUCACCGGAGGCUAGAUGUCUUUCAAAUUCUGGAAACUCUCUAUUUUGGUCUACCUCAACGCUCCUCACGUCUCUUGGAAUAUCGGCCAUUUUCAACGUUAAACUUUACAUCUAGGACUCGUAAACUUACAAUUUAUAAAUACUUAUUACUAAUUUGCAGCAUAAGUGAAUGCUAACGAAUUAUUAUUAACAUCGAUUACAAUCAUUUUAUUUAUUUAUUUUAAAUUCUUAACAGUAUUUCUUUUCAUUCAGCAUCAUACGUAUAUCAUGAUAAGCUUAUUAUGCUAGUCGAUUUUUACAAUGCUAUGACGAUUAUAUUGUUUUACUUUAUCAUUUUCAUUUGAUUGAAAAAAAUUUCUCGAUCGCGCGAAAGCCACGAGAAUAUUGUACAAUGGCUGUCAUUUCUAUGUGAACAUCGGAACGCAUUCACGUAUCAGAAAACUGACUGAAGAAAAUAGCAAAGAAAAACAAUCAAUCGAACAAUAAUAAACUAUCGCCUAUCGAUUGUCGCGUUUGGUUGCUGAAAAUAUAAAUGCAUUUUUCUUUCGAAGCUACGAUGAUCGAUUCAGUAUUCAUAUUCCAAUAAGAGACAAAUAUUAUGUGUAGAUUAUACAGCCGUGUAUCGUUCCGAAUAUUGAAAUUUAGAAUGACGGAGAUAAACUAGAAAGAAAAACAGAUGUGUUGAGACUAUUAUAUUUUUAAUACACCUACAUAUCUACGUUUGAUGUAUGACACGAAUUAUAUAUUUAUAUAUAUAUAUAUCUAUUUUAACCAGCACCGUGUUUGUAGUGAUAUGUGUACCUAUUAUUUAAGUGCAUACCUUUGUGUGUAAUGUUCACUGCAAAUGAUAUUCAAAUAUACUUAUGAACAAUUUUA